UUAGGACUUGUGAUCAUAUAUUAAUUUGGAUAUUCGGGUCAUACGAAUGAAUUGGUUAAAAGAAAGGGAAAGAAAGGUUGUAAAUUUUCUUCAAAUAUUCUCUAAGAAAGACCCAAAACAUGGUCUCCAUCUCACACACUCCAUACCUUUCUUCUUUCCCCUCCCUCUUAUUAUAUUAGCAUCAAUGAAUGAAUAAUCACUAUGCAAAGAGAAUAUCAUGUGAAAUAUUUUAACAUGUUUGUGUUUGACACAAAAACAUAAGUUGAAGCCCUUGCUUGGAUGGUUGAAAUUGAGGUUUAGCUCCAAUGGAAUCAAGUUCCUUAUUGAACAACCCAUCACAAAUACCUUUCCUUUCCCCUCUUUCUUCCAUAUACUCAUCUUCCCCGAACUCCUACAUCUAUAUCUCUGUCUAUAUUUGUAUAUAUAGACACACUUUCAAAACACAUAUUCACAUUAGACCCCACAUUCUGAAUCAACCCAAAAUCCCACACCAAGGAGAUGGGUCGUCAUGAUACAAACCAAAAAUUCAUUUUCUUCUGCCUAUCCAUAUUGUUAUUUCACAAUGUUUUGAAGAAUGUGGAUGGUUUGGCAUGUAACUGGGGGACACAAGCGAGCCAUCCUAUGCCACCGAACAUUGUGGUGAAGCUCCUAAGAGACAAUCGGUUCAACAAGGUUAAGCUAUUUGAAGCUGACCCUGGUGCACUAAGAGCCCUUGGGAAAUCCGGUAUUCAGGUCAUGGUCGGUAUCCCCAACGAUCUCCUGGCAACUAUGGCCUCCACUGUUACCGCCGCUGAGCUCUGGGUUCAACAAAACGUCUCUCAGUACAUCUCCAAAUUUGGAACCGACAUAAGAUAUGUAGCCGUGGGGAAUGAGCCAUUCUUAAAGACUUACAAGGACAGAUUCGUCCGUUCAACAUACCCGGCGCUGCAGAACGUUCAAGCGGCUCUGGUGAAAGCCGGUCUCGGCCGGCAAGUCAAAGUCACGGUGCCUCUUAACGCCGACGUCUACGAAUCCGGCGACGGUCUUCCUUCCUCCGGCGAUUUUCGAUCAGACAUCAAAACUCUAAUGGUCUCCAUCGUUCGAUUCCUCGCUGAUUCCGUCUCGCCCAUUACUUUCAACAUCUACCCUUUCCUCUCUCUAAACGCCGAUCCAAACUUCCCCCGCGAAUACGCCUUCUUCCCAGGCGGCGGCGGAGGAGCUAAGCCCGUCGUCGACGGAUCCAUCUCUUACACGAACGUCUUCGACGCGAAUUUCGACACUCUGGUCUCGGCGCUGGAGAAAAACGGGUUCGAUCCGAACAAGGUAGAGAUCAUCGUCGGAGAAGUCGGAUGGCCAACGGACGGCGACUCAAACGCGAAUCCGGCGAUGGCUCAGAGAUUCAACCAGGGACUAUUAAACCGUAUCAUUCAGGGACAAGGAACGCCUCGUCGGAAAACGGCGCCGGAGGUUUUCAUAUUCUCGCUAGUGGACGAAGACAUAAAGAGCAUCGAUCCCGGGAAAUUCGAGAGACAUUGGGGAAUAUUCUCUUAUGACGGCGCCGUUAAGUAUCCUCUCACGCUAGGUAACGGCCGUCAGUUAGUUCCCGCGAAAGGUGUUCGUUACCAGGCACGUGAGUGGUGCGUGCUUUCUCCUCAGGCGGCCGGGAACGGUGCCACGUGGAAACAGUCGGCUGAUUACGCUUGCCAGCUGGCAGAUUGCACUUCUCUAGGGCCAGGAUCCUCUUGCGCCGCGCUGGACGCCGUCGCGAACGCGUCUUACGCGUUUAAUAUGUAUUUUCAGAAAAUGGAUCAUCGUCGUGGCUCGUGCGUUUUCAACAAUCUUGGGGUUGUUACCAAGAUUGAUCCUUCAAGUGGCUCGUGUAGGUUCCCGAUUGAAAUCGACACGAGCAGGCAUGAGAAGUUGCGCCCGCCGCCGGGGAGUUCCGGUGCGUCUGAAGUAAAGUGGAGGACGGUGGCAGCUGCGGCGAUGGCGGUUGGGUGUGUGGUGUUUAAUUGAUCCUUUUCGUUUGUACAUUCUUUUUCUUACAUCUGUAAAUACGACGGUCGAUAUAUUGUACAUAAAACCUUUUUCUCUCGCUUAGUAUGUUUUAGCUAUGAUAAGUCAAUGAUGAUUUGAU